AUGUCUGACACCUCAGCCUACGGCGACGACAUACGCGAUGACGACACCUUGGUAGACGACGAUAACAGCUCAGUCAGGUCUUUUGGUUCAGUGAGCACUGUGGUCUGGAAAGGCCCGAACCCAAGUCUCCCCGACCGGUUGAGAUCGUACUGGCAAGAUCACACGCCUUUGCCACCCCUCGACGACAUCAAGAUCAGUUCCGAUAUACCUGAUCGUGUAGAUGUCGUCAUCAUUGGCAGCGGCAUGACAGGCGUGGGAGUGGCCUUGUCCUUUCUCCAACUCAUGGCCUCAAAGGGAAGGUUUCCUGUCGUUCUCGUCAUCGAAGCAGGAGAGAUAUGCAGCGGGAUGACGGCUCUAAGUUCCGGGUAUAUCAAGUUUUUACCGCAUGUAAACACACACGCGGAGCAGUGGCUGCCAAUCAAGGUUUUGGAUUUACAGGUGAAGAAUGCACACGCACUGAAGGAGCUGGCGUCAAGGUACCCGCAUGCUCACGCGAGGGAGUUCGAAACGGAGGAGCUCCACUUUGACCCUGAAGAGUUCGAGGAACGCAAGGCGGUCGUGACGGAUCCGAACGGAUUCAUGGGUCUGAACGAACAGUAUCCGCAAUACAAAGUAACCAUUUUGGAAGGGGAUGAGGUACCCAAUUAUGGACAUUUACCCGCGUAUGGUGCUCUAUCCUACAAGGCAGCGUCGAUUCAGCCAUAUCACCUCGUCACGAGUAUAUGGGGGGAUUUGUGCAGGCAAUAUGCCAACCUCCGCAUCAGCACGAACAAUUCAGUCAAAAAAAUUGAACUCACCACAGACUCGUCUCACCCCUACAGGGUCACAUGCUCCCGGGGAACUCUUCAAGCUCGACACGUCGUCCACGCUACCGGCAGCUGGGCCACACGCCUCCUGCCUGCUCUGGAAAUAAGCCUAGCGCCUGGUUUGGUGCACGUGCUUUUGCAAAGACCAGGCGCUAGUUUCCCACAACGCGAGGGGAAGCACUCCUGGACUCUCAAUCCCGGAAAUUUACCCUUUACCGUGAUCCGACUGCCCGAUGGGAAUGACGAAAUCGGCGAGUUGCUGAUUGAAAGGGAAUGGAUGACCAGCGGCGAGAUGGAUGACGGGGAAAUGCAAAACACGUGGAAAUAUCUCCAUCGCCAUAUGAGGGACGUGUUUGGACGGGAAUGGCUAGACGAGGCGAUAAGGGGGACGCUCUGGCCGAGAACUGUAGGGAUGACGGGUGAUUAUUUGCCCCUUGUGGGAAGGAUUCCUCGGGAGUAUGCCAACAGAGAGGUCCUACACAGUGACCAGGCUGCUGUUGAGGCCGCUGUUCCUGAGCAUGGUGGUUUGGCAACGCCCGGAGAAUGGAUUUCGGCGGGUUACAGCGGUCGGGAAACGGCAUUUGCGUUGCUCUCUGGCCACGCCGUGGGAAUACAGAUUGCUGGUAUGGAGAACGAGGAAUUGGAAAUGGUGCCUGGGAGACCCGGCGGAAGGUUGAAUGACUGGUUUCCAAAGGAGGAAUUGAGUUUGGACGGCGACAGGAUGAUGAGAGCGAAUUUGGGACCCCUAAACUGA